CACGAAAAGCGACCCCCCCAAGAAUGAACAAGCCGCCGCGGCCACGCCGGCCAUGCCCGCCCCGCUCGCCGUCCCGCCGUCGCGCGCCCGUCGCCAGUUUGCCGCCCGCCUGGCCGAGCGGCAGAAGCAAAAGGAGCAGCAGCACGAGCAGGAGGAGCAAGAGGCGGAGCAGCGUCGGCAGGAGCAGCAACAGGAGCAGCAACAGGAGCAGCAGCAGGAAGGGGGCGCGCCGGUGCACCACGACUGGACGGAGCGGUACGGGGCGUCUAGCCGCACGAGCGACUCGAGCGACGACGACGACGAGCUCGUGAUGAAGACGCGGACUCGGGGGUCGUAGGGGGGUCAGACAGGGGAGUGGAGCCUAUAGGCCUUUUAUCAUAGAUGCAUAGAUACCUUGAAGUGGGGGACGCGUACUUUUGGUGGGGAUUAGAAACAUCCUGCGCAUCUCGUUUGCACUAGGCAUAAACGUGGAGCGUG